AUGCUUCCUUGUGGAAAUCUAAGAUAUUUUUAUUGCUUGUAGGAUUUAAGGUAAAUGAAAAGCUUGUCAAAUAAUACCAUAGGAAGAGAUAAUAGUCAAAUGUAUAAUACCUAGGACUACUAGACAAAGUUGGAGAACUGAAUAUGUCCAAAUCACAAAUAAUAUUAUAACUUAAUAAAACAUACUGAAAGAAUUGG